AUGUCGAAGUCCGUUCCUUUCUACCACUAUACCAACGGUCCCGGCUUGGAGGGCAUCUUAAAGGAAGGGCGCCUUGGGGUCUCCGACCCCAAAAAGGGGGAUGCCGUGGAGGGGAGGGGCACCUAUGGUACCAACCUCGUACCAUCCACCCGGGCUAAAGCCAUCGCCGAGAAUAAUUGGGAUAGUGGAUGGAAAACCGCCAUGGAGCAUGGUAAGAUGGAUCGCUACAUCCGCUGCGAGAUUCCCAAGCAGGAGCUGAAGGUCCGGCCGGGCCAUGGCCAGCGCAAGGACGGUCAGAUCUUUGUCCAUCCGGAGGGCAUCGACCUCCGCAAGUAUCCCACGAAGUACGGUCGGGUGGGGCAGGACACAGUGCCCCAGGCCAAGCGGUAUGAUCCGGACCGCCGUGGGCCAUCACGUCCGCCUCCUCCACCCCCUCCCCGUUCCUCGCCGCUGCCCCCCUCCCCGGCGAGGGCAGCCUCGCAGUCUGCAGGACUCACAAAACAGGCUCCGACCGUCCGUCACUCCUCAGGGAGCACCAGGGAGGCCAUCUCGGCUGCGUUUGGGCGCGAUCUGGGAGAAGCCACAACUUGGAACUCUGUUCCGCAGCUGCAGAGCAGCGGCCGCAACUCACGAGGGAACUAUUACGAAUCCUAUGAUGAUGGCUCCUACCGCUAUGAGAACCUAGAUGGCUCAACGUACAGAUGUGAUGCAGACGGCCACACAACAUACACCACCCCGGGUGGCUGGGUCGUCGAGUCCCAAGACAGUGAUGUUGGGUCCGAAGUGGCGGGUUUCGCGGUGCCGGUCGAAGAUAGCGACGAUGGGGAGUGUGCAGUGGCGGGUUUUGCGGUAGAGGUCGAAGACAGCCACAGUGACGGUGGAUGCGGAUAUGGCGGUGGUAGUGACUACGGGGACGACUAUGGCGGCGGCAGCGAUUAUGGCGACGACUACGACGACUACUACGACGACGAUUACUAG